UCAUCAAAGGUUGAGAUCACGGUACACGGGCAGAAUAAUCCCGGUGACUCAACCUAGGACCGGGUAGUCUAACCCCAGGUCCUGAAGAAGCUGACAGCGCUCUCUAGCAACAAUCCUGAAAAAACACCACCCAACAAUGGCCCGCAAGUGGGACAAUGUUUCAAUUUGUUGUUACAUCACAACCCUUUUUAUUGUAUUAACGCUCUUGCCUGUUUGGUAUCUUUGGAUGCCUCUUGGUGCGCCCUCAAACUUAACAACAAUACAGAGAAGUAAGCGAAAACUCAAUUCAGGUCACCCAACUGUACCUAUAUCCCAGUCUAUUCCCUGGAUUUUAGAAUGGACGUACAACCAUUCAAUAACUUUAACAGUGCCACCAAAGACCUCUACCGCCGUUGAAAUACCAAUUAGAUCUCAAAAAGGGUUCAGAAACACCGUUCAGAUAACGGGGGAGGGCUGGACAGGUUGUUGGUGGUAUAUGACAGGAAACGUGCUAGAUUUAAGAUGGGAUUCUUUAAUAACCACUCAACAAGGUAACUAUUGGCCAUCGGGAAAGAGCAAAGACGCUGUCUUUUUCAAAGACAAAGUCACCCUUACCAAACAAGGGGAUCUACUUAAACUGACCUUUGCUCUCCCCAAUGGUAUGUUGCGUCCACCAAAUGCAACCAUUUUUAAUGUUUCAUCCUGGGUUUUUUUUACUCUGGGCCUGGUCAUCAGGACCAGACCCUCAUUUUCCCGUUGUCAUAUGUGAAAACACUACUAUGGGACAACUAGAUCAGCCCAUAUUAAAUAAUUAUACACGAACUAUCAAGGUGACGGCCAUCACUUUACCCAUAAAUAGCGUGGAUGGUUUGUUUCGAGUUACCACAGGCGUAACAGGAAACAGCAACAAUUGGCUAUUAUUAACUGAGGAAGCGGCAAAGACUACUAAAGAUAAUUGUGUGGUUUGCAUGGGACCUCGUCCUUUACUACGGGUGGUCCCUGCCAAAGUUGACACACAAUGUGUUAUGGAACUGAUGAAUAAAACACUACCCUCACAAAACUGUUCCAAAUGGGACAAAAUACACCCGUUGGUAAAAUGAUAAACCUCUGUUUUCAAACCAAGUUGCAAAAGGCAACUUCACCUGUAUUAACAUUACAGGAAACAAUGGCCAAUUGGGAAGGUUAAACCACGCACAACAAUGUCAGUCACUCAUCUUUGUAGGAUCAUCAUUUCGGCCACAAUCCAGGGGCGACAUCUGGUGGUGGUGCGGUGAUGACCGGAUAUUCGACAAACUCCCUUUGAACCACGCCGGUUACUGUGCACUGAUUUCUCUCCUCCUGCCAGUAAAGGUCUUUCCAACCACGGUUCAUGUGUUGAUGCAAACUAUUACAAACUUAGGACCACAGAACUUAUCCCACUUACAAAAAGCCAAACGAUCUACUAGCACAUGGCAAGAUCAGGGGGACCCCACAUACAUUGAUGCGAUUGGCAUACCACAAGGGGUCCCCGAUGAAUAUAAACUCGCAGAUCAGGUAGCCGCAGGAUUUGAAUCCACAUUUUGUUGGUGGUGUACUAUAAAUAAAAACACAGAUAGAAUUAAUUACAUACAUUACAAUGUCCAACGCUUAGGAAAUUGGACACAAGGCGGAUUUGAAGCGGUACAUGGUCAACUGGCCGCCACCUCUCUGAUGGCUUUCCAAAAUCGCAUCGCUUUAGAUAUGCUCCUGGCAGAAAAAGGAGGCGUAUGCUCCAUGUUUGGCGAACAAUGUUGCACUUUUAUUCCUAAUAACACAGCUUCUGAUGGCAGCCUAACCUCUGCAAUUGAAGGGCUCAGAACAUUAAACAAAAAAAUUUAAAAACAUUCAGGGGUAGAUACUUCUAUUUGGGACAAUUGGAUGAGUGUUUUUGGACGUUAUAAGGCUCUGGUAUCUUCUACUUUUAUUUCUAUUGCUGUGUUUGCUGCUUUUCUCACAACAUGUGGAUGUUGUUGCAUUCCUUGCUUGCGCUCUCUUAGCCAGCGACUCAUUACAGCAGCUAUCGAAAAAAGAGAUGUUAAUAACCCCGCCCAGAUGAUGCCACUCUUGUCUUCAGGGGAAGUUGCUGAGUUGCUCGAUGACUCCGCGGGCAUAUUUUUGUAAUCGUACAUUCUCUUACAUACUAUUUAACAUAUCCUGGUGUCGGACUCUUUCGAGUCCGAAAGGGGGAUUGAAGGCCCUCGCACGCGAUAUAAUGAUGUCAUGAUCAUACAUAGACUUAUUUGUGCACUGUUAUGUUGUGUAACCUAACCUCAGUAGCAAAAUGUUCUGAUAAAUUGUGUAACUGUGAAACUACAUAUCAGCCGCAGAACAGGAUGUUUUGUGCCAAGAAGAGAUAUUGCUGUGGCCUUGGAUCCAUCCUGCUCAAGCUUUGAACACCGCCCUGAACACUGUAUAUAAUCUCGCACUGAACGCUGAGAAAGCGCACAUUUGAGCUCAUUUGAGCAGCUGCAGCCUUUGCCUGUAGAACAUUUGUGUCCAGAAUAUUCUGCAAUAAGGAUCUUAAAGAAGUUCAUUUCCAGUCUCUGAUUCUGACCAACAUUCUCAUCAUCCGAAAUUCAACGAACACGCGAAGGACUGGCGGAGAAAAGUCUCCUUCAACAACCGCUCGUCUUUGUCAGUGGGUGAAUUUAUAUAAUCAGUGAGCGAUCAAAUAAUAAUUUCCAUGUCACAAGUCUGGUAUUGCGUGCGAACGGGAGAAUAUGGCCGUUAAUAAGCGGAACUGAAGAUGAAUGAAUGAAUUUUGAAUUCCACCAAGGUUAUAACUGUUAGUAAAAUGAUCUGUUAAACCACAACCCUACAAAAUACAAUAAAGUACGGGGGGUCCUCCGUUUAUAAUAAGAGUUCCAUUUAAAGGCAGGGCAUUCGUAUAUAGGAAGUAGUCUACUAACUAAGUUGUAAGUCGUAAUAAAGUAGAGUUAAUUGCUGUAUGCAAGUCGGUGCUGCAGCCGAAGCACUAGUAUUUGAAAACUGGGAUUGUCCUUUGGGAGUUUCGUCGUACCGUCCAAUAGACGAUAGCCACAAACCCAACAGAAGCUAGCAUGUUUCACUUCCGGGUCAACGGACGUAAACAGAAGGGCGUUUCGCAGGCGGAAAACAUGACCGAGUUGGAGCUGUUCAACGUCUUUCUGAACGACAGACUUACAGCGGCCGCUCAAGAGAUUUUUCGAGCCGUCAAAGACACCUUCGUCGGAUACCAGAGUGAAAUUCGCCGCUCUAAGGAAGAGAACGAGCGCCUGAAGCGCCUCCUCAAUGUCGCCGUCCAACGACUCUUACUGCAAUCGGAAGCUUGUGUUGUCCAGUCUCAAGAUCACCACCACAUCUAUGAAUCUGAAAGGGGAAGCAGUGUGCAACCACAAGUGAAAAAAGAGCCCAAUCUCAGAGACCUUCACAGCGAGUGUGUGCAUGAUGGAAGAGACCCAAAAGAAGAACCUUGUGGUCAAUUUGAGACACAACUUAGUUCACAUUCUCUGUUAGUUCAAACAGUGUGUAGUAGAGAUACUGCCUCUUCUUCUCCUUUGCCAUCCCAGGAGACAAAGACAGACUGGGACAAUGAAGAACACUUUGCAGCCAGCAGCUCAUCAUCCACUCAGACUGUACAGUCAGAUGGAAAAGACACUCACAGUGAUCCUAGUGGUAUUUCUGCAAAUAUCUGCACAGCCACCCAGAAAGAUCUGCCAGGAUCUGUCGGACAGCAGGUGAAAGGACUUCUUUGCACAAAUAAAAAGCAAAGUGUUAACUUACUGCAGCUAAAACACAUGAAAUCCCACAAGUCGGCCCCUUCUCGUACCUCUCACCCGACCAUACAGCGGUGGCACUGCUGUAAAGUGUGUGGCAAAGCCUUCAGCUUUGCCUGCCAGUUGGAAGUCCACAUGCGUUGGCACACGAAGGAGAAGCCCUACAGCUGUGCGGUGUGCAGAAAGAGCUUCACUACGGUCAGCAUGCUGAAGAGGCACCAUCGCAUCCACACUGGGGAGAAGCCCUUUCGCUGCCAUGUGUGCGGCAAAUGCUUCAAUCAGUCUGCACACCUUAACACCCAUUUUAGGCUCCACACCAAAGAACGAGGCAGCUGGAGCCAAGCGCCAUUUUCUAGGAACCCUCAGUCGACAGAAAACUGAAUUAAAUUCAUGCUUCUCGGCACAACCAUGUACUGUACAUGUACAAAUAGGCUCUGCAGUGUUUCAUGUUCUCUGUGUGAAUAAAAUGUGUUCUGUGGUG